CUGUGCGGUCAGCCUAAUGGGCAGGAGACGAGAAUGUUGAACAGUUAAGAGUUAAGUGACAAAGCGCGUGACUAAUCGAUAUCAGAGUAAAGCAAUGAACAGAAACAGCAGUGAGUGAGAAGUGUCAUACAAAUCAGUCUCGUGAUUAGUGUUUCCUACCAUAUAUUUUGCUGUGACAUUCGUAUUUUGUUUGAUUGAGUAAUGGGAAUCUAUCGUCUAGAAAGUUACCUAGAAAAAGACGUCCCUAAUCAAUUUUGCUGGCAGGUAUCUAUUAAGAAACUGGCUGAUGAAUUUAGGGACCAAACCAACAGAGAUCCUGUGAUGAUUGUUGACGGUUCGUAUUCUCUGAGGACGAUCUACGUUCAAAGUGGCGAAGAGUGGAUGCAGGGCGGUCAGAUGAAGAAUUUCGUGAAGACCAUGAAGAAAUUCGUAUCUACGUUUGAGGGAAUUGGGGUGCGAGUGAUGUUCUUCUUUGAUGGGAUCACUCAGGAACAGAAGAGGGGUGAAUGGUUACAAAGAAGGGGUUCUCAGAUAAAAAAGGUUAUGGACUUGUUUAAUAACCUGAACAACAAAAAUGUUGAGAAGUCAAAGUAUUCUAGUUUCCUGUUGCCACCUCUAAUUGGAGCCACUGGUCGGUUCAUAGCCAAGUUUGAGUGCGGAUGUGACGUUCGAAUAUCUAUAUCUGAAUGUGAUGCGGAGAUAGCAGAAUAUGCCCAGCGCGAAGGCUGCUUUGCCAUCUUGUCUCGGGACACUGACUUCAUCCUCCUAGAUGGUGCUCGUCACUACCUGUCAAUUGAACGGCUAGACAUGGCAAAAAUGACUACAGUUACUUACAGUCGAGAGGGCCUCUUAGACUUCUUGAAGAUUAACCAACAACAGCUGUUUCUGCUGGCUAGCCUACUGGGCAAUGACACUGUUCACUUUCAUAAACUGAAACACUUCCACAAACGGUUCUCCCACACUGGAUAUAUCUUUGAAGUCCUACCUGGUAUUGUUGAGUAUAUCAAUAAAUGGAAUUUCAUCGGCUACUACAAGGAUGAGGACCUGCGUGAGAUAGCAAGGGAUGUGUUUGGAGAUGAAAAUAUGGCCAAUGACCUUUCAGUUAGCAUUAAAAGUUACCUCCCACCCUCUAGAGAGAGAACUGGAAUAACUCCUAUGAAUGACAUACAAGACAAAAACUGGCAGCAGAUCCUGGAGUUAGCUCGAGAGAAGCACUGUUUUUCUCAGGCUGUCCCAUCCAUGUACCCUGUCAUGUUGGGGAAGGCAUAUGAGCUGUCAAUUUCUCUGGAGAACUAUGGUAGUAGUGACACAGUGCCCACUGCAAAGAUAUACCAGCCACUAAGGCAACGAAUAUAUGGGGUGCUUCUCCAUGAGAAACCUACGGCUACUACUGUCAAGGAGUGGUGCAUUGACAGCAAGACGAUCCCUACCGAACCAACCGAAGUCUCAGUUAUGAGAAUUUGUAACAUUGAAAGAUUCCACCCGGGGCUUAUAAAGCUGUGGGACGAAACAUGUGAGCCUUAUUGCAGGUGGCAUUUGUUUGCACAGAGUUUAACAGAAGAGAAAAAAUUGGAUGCCAAGAUGCUUGAGAGACUGGGUUUACCAUAUGCUGUCCCAGUUGCAGUGCUUUUCUACUUGUUAAAUGAGUGCACAGAGGUACUGACAGAAGUAGACGUAGAUGUGAUUCUUGCUCAGGCAGUUCUUGUCAGGUUGUACACCUGUGACAAUUUAAAGGACAUCAGGUACCAACACGCAGAACCAACAGUUAUUCAUCUGUCCACCAUCUUCAACAGGGGUGUGACCACAGUUCUGUUCCUGCUUUCUGCAUGUGGCUUUGAAUUGAAGGAGGCAAUGCCAUGGCUUUACUUUGAUGGUAAACUCUUCCAACAAAAAUACAAUGAGGCAAAGAGGAAACGGGCAACCCAGGAGAAGCUGUGUGAAGACAAGAAAGAAGUAUUGCUCAAAUUCAGAGAAAUGAAAAGGCUUGUGCUGCCACAAAUUUCAUGGCGGUAAUUUCAGGAGUCAGCCCUCAUUCCUCCAAGUAUGUUGGCUGUGAAGAAGUUGAUAACAUUGUUAUUGUUGAAAGAUGGGCUUUCAUGUGCGCUUUUUCAGUACAAAAUUUUUGUAUGAAUAAACACCAUAUUUUGUACUACAAAUACUGAUGUGUCUAGAUGUCACAGAAAUGCAAUAGGAAUGCAAAAUGUAAUAUUUUAAUAAAACACAUUGUCCAUCCAUA